AUGCGAUGCUAUUCAAUUAACCACCUUUCUGCCCUCAUAUUCCCCCCCCUCAAGAUUACUUUUUGUUUUGGCGUCUGGAAGGGCAGGAAGAAGGGUGGUGUGAGCCGUGGUGAAAAUACAUUUGGUGUCUCUGCCUUCAAACAAUCAUUGCUGCGCUCGCAAACCACAUCUGCGAAGAGUAAACUGGCUGCUUCCUACGACUUUGUCAUUGUUGGCGGCGGUACGGCUGGGCUGGUGGUUGCUUCUCGGCUCAGCGACGACCCCAGCACCUCUGUGCUGGUCCUCGAAGCAGGCGCCGACUUGACAGCAGAUCCCCGCGUGAAAAUCCCCAUCUUCUACGCCUCACUACUUGGUUCCGAGGCUGACUGGAAAUUCCGUUCUACCCCUCAACCCGGUCUCAGUGGCAGAAUGCUUGGUCUGAACCAGGGCAAGGCUCUGGGAGGAUCCAGUGCUGUAAAUGCGCUCGUUUUUGUUCCUCCUUUUAAGGGGGUCGUUGACUCAUGGGAGGCGCUCGGUAACUCAGGAUGGAACUGGGCCACCCUAAAGGCAUAUUUCUCUAAAGCCUACAGCACUCCGGCUGUAGCCCAGAAUACCAAAGAGGCUCUUCCAAUCGAGGGCUGGCCUGAAUUGAAUGAAUCCAAAGGUCCGAUUCAAACAUCCUUUGGCAACGAGACGCACCCUAUUCGACAGGCAUGGGCGGCAUUCUUUCGUAGCAGUGGGCAACCUCGGGGAUACAUUCAUCCACAGUUCUCCUACUAUAAGCCCGUUGAGCUUCGACAAAAUCUUCACGUUCUGACCAACUCACACGCCGAGAAGAUCCUGUUUGACAAAAGCAAUCAUCCUAAAGCUAUUGGUGUUCAAUACAGCCUCAAAGGUGUCUUGAAGACUGUUAGUGCCAGAAAAGAAGUUAUUCUUGCUGCUGGUGCUUUUCAAUCCCCAAAGAUCCUUGAGCUCUCUGGAGUUGGUGGAGCAGAACUUCUUCAGAGGCAUGGCAUUAACGUCGUCAUGAAUCUCCCGGGAGUUGGGCAGAAUCUUCAGGAUCAUCUGAUAUUGUAUACGGCGUUUCAGGCAAAAGGGGACCUUGAGUCUAAAGACGCUCUGGUGAGACAAGAGCCUGAAGCUCUCAGCCAGGCCAUGCAAGAAUAUACAACAAUGCAGACUGGACCCCUAGCUUCGCUCGGGGUUCACACCUACGCAUAUUUGCCUCUUCCUGCACAAGACAGAGUUGACAUCCAGGAAUUACUUACGAACUAUGGCCCCAAAGAAUCACAAGAGUACGGUGCGAUACAAGCCUAUUAUGACAUCGCGAAGACCACCAUUCUUGACCCCGAGCACCCGUCAGCUGCAUACCUGUCUGCGUUGGGGCAGACGAACUAUGCCACGGACCUCAAUGACGAGAGUACCCCAGCUGCUUCUCCUGGAAAGUUUGUCACGCUCGGAGUAAUGCUUUCUCAACCGCUUUCCCGUGGAAGCGUUCAUAUGUGA